UUUUAGUCGCCUUGAGAUUUAAGAAGAUCGCAUUAAACAUUCUCCUCUUCCAACUUCCCUCUCUCCCGGAGUCUCCGAUCGUCACCUCUAUAUAUCCUUAGAUUAAUCUCCAAGCAAUGGCAUCGGAAUCCGAGUCCGUUUGCGUGACAGGCGCCUCCGGUUUCGUAGGUUCAUGGCUCGUCAUGAGACUCCUAGACCGCGGCUACACUGUCCGAGCCACCGUGCGAGACCCUGCUAAUAAGAAGAAGGUGAAGCAUCUGCUGGACUUACCAAAGGCGGCGACUCACUUGACGCUGUGGAAGGCAGACCUGGCGGAGGAGGGAAGCUUCGACGAGGCCAUCAAGGGAUGCACCGGAGUGUUCCAUGUCGCCACUCCUAUGGAUUUUGAGUCCAAGGACCCUGAGAACGAAGUGAUCAAACCUACUAUAAAUGGGGUGCUAGACAUCAUGAAAGCAUGUCUAAAAGCAAAGACUGUUAGAAGGCUAGUGUUUACAGCUUCGGCUGGAUCUGUCAAUGUUGAAGAGACCCAAAAGCCGGUCUACGACGAAAGCAACUGGAGUGAUGUCGAAUUUUGCCGGAGAGUGAAGAUGACUGGUUGGAUGUAUUUUGCAUCCAAAACUCUAGCUGAGCAAGAGGCAUGGAAGUUUGCCAAAGAAAAUAACAUUGAUUUCAUCACCAUUAUCCCAACUCUCGUAAUCGGUCCAUUUCUCAUGCCUGCCAUGCCGCCGAGCCUCAUUACUGGACUUUCGCCACUCACUGGAAAUGAAAGUCAUUAUUCGAUCAUAAAGCAAGGCCAAUUCAUUCAUCUAGACGACCUCUGCCAAUCUCAUAUAUACUUGUAUGAGCAUCCGAAAGCAGAGGGCCGCUACAUUUGUUCAUCGCAUGAUGCUACGAUUCAUGAAAUUGCGAAAUUGCUGAGGGAAAAGUACCCCGAGUACAAUGUUCCUACAACGUUCAAGGGCAUUGAGGAGAACUUGCCAAAGGUCCAUUUUUCUUCAAAGAAAUUAUUGGAAACAGGGUUCGAGUUCAAAUACAGCUUGGAGGACAUGUUUGUAGGAGCUGUUGAUGCUUGUAAAGCAAAGGGUUUGCUUCCUCCUCCUACUGAAAGAGUUGAAAAGCAGGAGGUUGAUGAGAGCAGUGUCGUUGGUGUCAAAGUCACAGGCUAAUUUAAUUUUAUCAGUCUUGGUAACAUUUGUAUCUCUUUUGUUUGAGAACUUCAAAUAAAUUACUGUUUGGUUUUAUAGGUGUACGGUGUGCCUAAUGAGAAGUGCAACUUCUUCUUUUCUCUAUGUAAUUUGAGAUUAACGUACGUAUGAAUGUUAGAGGGUACGUGACUCACUAUCCAUGAAGAUAUAUUGUUCGCUUGAUAUA